AGUUCCACAUAUGAUCUCUAUCUACGACAAGGUACAUUCCUACAUUCGCGAGUUUUGUUCGUCUACAGGCCUAGUACUGAUAAUUAUUUGUUUCUCAUUCAAGUGUGAAUAGUUUUUUCGCGUCAAUCCUAAUUUUAUGCUCGAGUAGUACGUGGAUCUCUAGAAUUUUGUAAAUUUUGAACGCUGUUCCGUAUUUCACCAGUCAACUUACGUUUAGUACAUAAUCGUUAAAAUUUCCAACUUCUAGAAAAUCAUGUCAUUUGAUGCAGUUCCGAAGCUGUGCGAAAAUUUAAUAAGUCGAAUCGACGAUUUCGAAAAGGAAAUAUCUCGUCGAUUGCCUGAAAUGUGUGCAACUGAAACAAGAAUAUUUUACGAUGAUCUACUAUCAAUGCGUAGGGAUUUGGUUUCGAUUGAAGAAAGAAUAUCAGGAUAUAAGUACUUAAUCAGUGAGUCAACUAUGAACAAUCUAUUAGAAAAAAUUCGCAAAGCGUACUUGAAGGUAACCAAACUUAAAGUAGAAUUUGAGAAAAAGAAAAGCUCCUCAAAGACCAACUCAACACCACCAACUAACCUUAAGGUUGAUGAUCAAUCCAACGCAACAAAACAGCCCGAAACCCUGAGAAAUGUAGACUUACAGAUCCGAAUCCGAAAACAAAGCUUGCUAAUCAAACAAAUCGAAUCGCUUCAAUCGCUCGAAAUACUCGAUGACAUUUGCGCUGUAAAAGCAGAAGUAAUAUAUAACCACCUUUCCCAACUUUACGACUCGUUUACCUCAGAACAAAUUCAAAUCGAAGCGAGCCUCGACGACGAUGCCACUCUCCUCGACAAUCAACAAAAAAUCGCCGCAGAUAUUCAACGAAAAGUGAUCGAUUUUCAAACAAAGAUGAAAAAAAUAAUGCAGCCAACUUCAUCGACAGAAUGUAAAAUCAAUAACGAUCAUUCUUCGCAACCAGAACCAGCGCAGGCUGACACCGAAGCUAAAUUGAAGUUUCUGCUUGAUAAACAAUUCGUAUUAUUAACACGAAUAGAGUCACUGAAUCCAGAAAAAAACAAAGACGUUAGUCCAGAAAAAGCGGAAAUAUUAUACAAUCGUCUCACUAUGAUUGGUGAGUUAUCCGACUUGAAUCAAAUUGAAAUCGAAUCACUUGAUAAUGACAAUAAAGCUGAAUACCACCAGAGAUUUUCUGAGAAGAUGCAAAAAAACGUGUUCAAAUAUCAAGAAACUUACAAAAAAAUCUUCGCACCGAUUACACUUCCAUCUUCGACACAACUCAAGAAACGGACAUCACCAUCUGAAGAAAUCAAAUCAUCAGAAUCAAAAAGUGAUCCCCAAGCGAUAGAACGCAAAUUAAUCGAGCGGACUGCUUUGUACUACAAUCUGAUGCAAGACUACCUUAAAAUUGGAACAUUCCUCGUAGAUCAUCCCACCCAAAAACACCUCUCCGAAGAAAUUCGACAAACCGUACUCCGUCAUCAAACACACAUGGAAGAAAUGACCGAACUGGUCGAACCAAAAAUUGCGGCAGAAAUGGCAGAAUCCAAGUUCGAUAUCGAUUUCGAUCUUUCCUCUCAAUCAACAUCGAUUGAUAACGAGUCUACUUUGGAAUUUUUAUACAAAAAGAGAGAUUCUUUGAUCGAAGCGAUAUCUUUGUUGGAACCAAAAGAAGACGUUGGUCCGGAAAAGGCUGAAAUAAUGUACAAUCAUCUCAAUUCGCUUUACGAGUCGUUCAAUUCGAAUCAAACUGAGAUUGAAACACAAGUCAGCGGGAUUACCCUUGAAAGUCAAUUUGUCAUUUCUAGACUGAUUCGAAACAGAGUGAUCGAACUUCAAACAACGUUUAAAAAAAUCUUUGCACCGAUUAUAACUGAUACUGAAUCUUCGAAACAACUUGAGAAACAUACACUUAUUCCGACAAGCCAAAUAAAUUCACCGGAAUUAGAAAGUGAGCUCGGAGAGAUGAAGCUCAUGAAAUUGACUGACCUUUUCAUGUCGUUGUGCCAAACUUUAUUGAAAUCACAAUCAAAAGGAGAUGAAACUCGGAAUAACAUCAGUGAUAUUUUCACCUCUCUCAAUGGUUACGUAGAAGUAUCAAAGGACAUUCAAACUAAAGUAUUGUCUCUUCAGAACACACUGAGCAAAUUCAUCGACGAAAACAAACGCAGUGGAGAGAGCAUUCAUCAGAAACUGGAUGAUAUUAUGGAAAAUGUCGAAUGUUUAGAAUAAACGAUAAUUUUGUUUCA